AUUACUCAGUAAUUUACUACGUACGGAAAAAAGAAAAAAUGCAGAGGCAACCAGAAAGGAAAAAGGAGCAAGAAAAAGAAAUCAGAGAUCACGAGAAUGAUAACAAGAAUAAUGAAGAUGAAAUUCCACUAAUGGCAUUGAACCACGUGUCCAGACUUUGUAAAAAUGUGGAAAAAUCAGUGGAAUUUUACACUAAAGUACUUGGAUUCGUGUUAAUUGAGAGGCCGCAAGCUUUCGAUUUUGAUGGAGCUUGGUUGUUUAAUUAUGGAGUCGGGAUUCAUCUGGUUCAUGCCAAGGAUGAUGAAGAUUAUAAAUUGCCUAAUCAUACUGAUAAUCUCGACCCGAUGGAUAACCAUAUUUCUUUUCAGAGCGAAGAUAUGGAGGGGAUGGUGCAAAGGCUGGAGGAAUUCAAGAUAAAGUACUUGAAGAGAACGGUAGGAGAAGAAGAGGGAGCGGCGAUCGAUCAACUCUUUUUUAAGGAUCCGGAUGGGUUUAUGAUUGAGAUUUGUAAUUGUGAGAAUGUGAAGCUAGUACCUCAACGUUCAAUUGGCCGCAUCAAAUUCCCUUCUGAUCGUCAUAAUCCUCCUGUUGAAUUGGGGAAUGAUGAUAAAUAGUGCGAAGUUGGUUUUCGCGGUAGUUUAUUUUCUUACUCUACUCUUUAUCGUUUUCAUUCGCUUCUAAUUUUAGAUCAUUCAAGCUUUGAGCAUGUCCUCGUAAAAUCUGUUUUUAAUUUUAAA